AUUCUUGUAAUUUUUGACAGGUCGUGAAAAAGCAUUCUUCUUGCUCAUUUUAUUACGUAAAACGGCGAGUAAAAUUAUUAGGAAAGAAGAGUAGGAAUAAAGCAAGAAAAUGCUGAAAGUAGCGUCUGCAUUGAGAGUGCUCUCAAAACCCGGAAAUCAGGUACGACCCUUGGCUACAGCUGUCGGUUAUAAACAGGCCCUCGUGAAUGUUCCUCCGACACAAGUCACAGUGCUUGACAAUGGCAUUAGAGUUGCCUCUGAAGACUCUGGCUCCCCUACCGCUACCGUAGGACUAUGGAUCGACGCGGGAUCGCGGUACGAAAACUCCAAGAACAAUGGUGUGGCGCAUUUCCUCGAGCAUAUGGCCUUCAAAGGCACCAGCAAGCGGUCACAGACUGACUUGGAACUUCUCGUUGAAAACAUGGGCGCACACCUCAAUGCGUACACCUCCCGGGAGCAGACCGUGUUCUACGCUAAAUGCCUCGCCAACGACGUCAACGUCGCCGUUGAAAUUCUUGCUGACAUCAUCCAAAACUCUUCCCUCGCCGAACCCGAAAUCGAACGCGAACGAGGCGUGAUCCUGCGCGAAAUGCAGGACGUGGAGAGCAACCUGCAGGAGGUGGUGUUCGACCACCUGCACGCCACCGCCUUCCAGGGCACGCCCCUCGGCCAGACCAUCCUGGGACCCACCAAGAACAUCAAGAAGAUCUCCAAGGCUGACCUCCAGCAGUACAUCAAGACCCACUACCAGCCCGCCCGCAUUGUGCUCUCCGGUGCUGGUGGUGUUGAACACCAGAAGUUGGUUGACUUGGCUUCAAAGCACUUCAGUGGAUUAAAGAACACCAUCACUGAUGCCCCUGGUGUUACACCUUGCCGCUUCACUGGGUCGGAGAUCCGUGUGCGUGAUGACUCCAUGCCCCUGGCUCACAUUGCCAUCGCUGUUGAAGGAGCUGGAUGGACCGACGCUGAUAACAUUCCCCUAAUGGUUGCCAACACACUCAUUGGUGCUUGGGACCGCUCCCAGGGAGGUGGUGCCAACAAUGCCUCCUACCUCGCCCGUGCUGCCUCCGAGGCUGGCCUGUGCCACAGCUUCCAGUCAUUCAACACCUGCUACAAGGACACUGGUCUGUGGGGUAUCUACUUUGUGGCCGAGCCCCUGCAGAUCGACGACAUGCUUUACAAUGUACAGAAGGAGUGGAUGAAGCUCUGCAUUUCCGUCACUGAGGGUGAGGUGGAGAGGGCAAAGAACCUGCUGAAGACCAACAUGCUGCUGCAGCUGGACGGCACCACGCCCGUGUGCGAGGACAUCGGCCGCCAGAUGCUGUGCUACAACAGACGCAUUCCCAUCCACGAGCUUGACGCCCGCAUCAACGCUGUCUCAGUACAGAAUGUCCGCGAUGUCUGCUACAAGUACCUCUAUGACAAGUGCCCGGCCGUGGCUGCCGUCGGACCCUGCGAAGGCCUGCCCGAGUACACCAGAAUCCGAUCUGCCAUGUACUGGCUCCGUGCUUAAGCAGUUAAACUAAUUUAGAAUAUUUUAGAAACAUUAUUUAAAUCAAAUAAGAAACUAUUAAACACUUGCUCGCCCAAUUCUGCAGUUUUAUUGUAAUAAAACACUGUAUUUGGUACAAAUACACAUUGUAUUUAUUCAUAGCAUCUUAAGCAAGUUAAUGUAAAUAAACCGUUCUGUUUUUAAUA